AUGAAGAAGCUGGCGAGGAAGGGAUGCGACCCCAAGCGCUUCCUGAAGAACAACUGGCUGCUGCUCUCCACCGUGGCCGCCGUGGUGCUAGGGAUUGGCAUAGGCGUCUUGGUUCGAGAGUACAGCAAGCUCUCUAACCUGGAGAAGUUCUACUUCGCCUUUCCUGGAGAAAUCCUAAUGAGGAUGCUGAAGCUCGUCAUUUUACCACUAAUUGUAUCCAGCAUGAUCACAGGUGUCGCUGCAUUGGAUUCCAAUGUAUCUGGGAAAAUCGGGCUGCGUGCGGUUGCAUAUUAUUUCUGCACCACUCUCAUUGCUGUCAUUCUAGGUAUCGUGCUGGUGGUGACCAUCAAGCCCGGUGUCAGCCAGAAAGUGGGUGAAAUUGACAGGCAAGGCAGCAGCCCUGAAGUCAGUACUGUGGACGCCAUGUUAGACUUGAUCAGGAAUAUGUUCCCUGAGAACCUUGUCCAAGCCUGUUUUCAGCAGUAUAAGACCACGCGGAAAGAAGUGAGUCCUCCCAGUGAGCCAGGGAUGAAUAUGACGGGAGCAUCUGUCACGGCCGUCAUGACAACUGCUGUGACUGUUGCCAAGAAUGAAACAAAGGAAUACAAAGUCGUAGGCAUGUACUCAGAUGGCAUCAAUGUCCUCGGCUUGAUUGUCUUUUGCCUUGUCUUUGGACUUGUCAUUGGAAAAAUGGGAGAAAAGGGACAGAUUCUGGUGGAUUUCUUCAAUGCUCUGACCGACGCAACCAUGAAAAUCAUUCAGAUCAUUAUGUGUUACAUGCCGAUCGGCAUUUUAUUCCUGAUUGCCGGAAAGAUCAUCGAAGUUGAAGACUGGGACAUAUUCCGCAAGCUGGGCCUUUACAUGGUCACUGUCCUGACUGGGCUCGCAAUCCACUCCAUUGUAAUUCUCCCUCUGAUAUAUUUCAUCGUGGUAAGAAAGAACCCUUUCCGGUUUGCCAUGGGGAUGGCCCAGGCUCUCCUGACAGCUCUCAUGAUCUCUUCCAGUUCAGCAACCCUGCCUGUCACUUUCCGCUGUGCUGAAGAAAACAACCGGGUGGACAAAAGGAUCACUAGAUUUGUGUUACCCGUUGGUGCUACAAUCAACAUGGACGGGACUGCCCUCUACGAAGCAGUGGCAGCUGUGUUCAUUGCACAGUUGAAUGACAUGGACUUGAGCAUUGGGCAGAUAGUCACUAUCAGUGUCACAGCCACAGCUGCCAGCAUCGGAGCUGCGGGUGUACCCCAGGCCGGCCUGGUGACCAUGGUGAUCGUACUGAGCGCUGUGGGCCUGCCCACUGAAGAUGUCACCCUGAUCAUCGCUGUCGACUGGUUCCUGGACCGGUUCAGGACCAUGGUGAAUGUCCUUGGUGACGCCUUUGGGACGGGCAUCGUGGAGAAGCUCUCUAAGAAGGAGCUGGAGCAGAUGACUGUUGCUUCUGACGUCAACUUCACAAACCCCUUUGCUGUGGAAACCACAACACUCGAUAAUGAAGACUCAGACGCCAAGAAGUCCUAUGUCAAUGGAGGCUUUGCCAUCGACAGAUCUGACACCAUCUCGUUCACCCAGACCUCACAGUUCUAG